AUGCACUUCAUGUUGAUAGCAAUUUUAAACCAUAUUUCAAAUUUUUAAAAAUAAGUUAUGUUAAAAUUGUUGAAAAGAACUUUACUUAAUAUUAUUGUGUUGUCAAAAAAUGUCAAUCCAUCUCUAUAUAAGGAAUAAUAUGAGAAAUAAUAAUUAAAACUAAAGCAAGCUUCACUCAAAUAAGUGGAUAUUGCUUAUAUUUGA